AUGGACGCACAGAACUUAGCGAAUGCACAGCAACCUGGACAACCAAACCCAGAGAAUAUUCCAAAUGAAGUUAGAAUACAAACUGCAAUGGCAAACUAUGGUCAAGUACCAACAGAUGUACAAAUGCAAACUGCCAUGUCAAAUGACGCUGCGUUAGGUUUGCCACCAUGGUAUGCAAAUAUGAGAUGGAAAGAGUUUUAUACAAACCCUGAAGUGGAUAUAAACAACUUUAUGCAGAUGACGCGAACACAGGAGUUGACCCAGAAUAU